CCAAACGAGUAUAGGUACGUGGAUGUCAUUGUUUUGAGCCGUACUAAGGGGUGGUAGGUAUCUAAAUUUUCUAUACGGCCAACAUAAAAAAUAAUGGAAAUGGUUGCAAUCUUGAUAUUUUCAUUUUAUGCCUUCGACUAUGACAAGUUCGCCAAGUAAGUCGUGAUUUAAAAAUUUUUCAAGUUAAGAGUGGUAGCUCGUCUUCGUGGUAUUCGUAUAAUUUUUUGCAUUAAUUUUUGCUCAAAUCAAUGUUCGUUUAAAAUUCGUAGACUCUUAUAAUUAUUUACAUCAAUUUUUUUAAAAAUUACUGUGCGUUUGUUUUUUCUUAUUACUCACUUGAUCUCAUAUUCAGCGUUCAGAAUGCCAAGUAAUCUCCCGAUUAAAAGGACUUCGCUGCACAGAAAAUGCAAAUAUACCAGUGAAAUGGCACGCGGUCUAAUGAAACUGGAUGACGAUGUAUUCCAUGAAGGGGUAUCCAUGCAACUUUCAAUGGCAAGGCUUCGCCAAUCGCGACAAAUCCUCCUACAACACCUCAAAGUAACGAUGAAACAAGAGAAUAAGCUGCGAGAGCGGACUAAAGAGUUGAAAAUCACCAAGGAUAAUCUAGAAGAAAUUGCUGAAGAAAUACGAUCUCACCAACAAUUCGAUGGCAAAGAUGAAUUGAUGCUAAAUGUGGCAGCAACGAUCGCAUCGGAUGAAGCUUCGGUAACUGGAAGGCAAAUUCUGCACAUCCAAAAAGAGCUCGACCUGAUGUCGCCAAUUGUGGAGGAAACUCGACAAGACCCAUGUGGUAGGAUUCGGUGCUAUGAUCGGGUACUCAUACCCACCAUAACCAUCAACCGGAUGAGUCACUCCAGUCCUCCAACGACAACUGAGGAUAAAAAUUGCAUGAUUUGUUUGCGGAAAGAAGCGGACUGCACGAUUGUUGACUGCGGACACCAAUGCAUGUGUCAAGAAUGCAAGUCGGAAUACGUGGCUGGGUAUGAAAAAUGCCCGAUUUGCCGCGCUGAGAUCACCGACAUAAUUAUACCAGCGCCUAUUUGAAUAGGACGCAGGACUUUCGGAUGAAUCGACAAAUCACGGUGUUUUAUCAGCUAGCCCAUCCAAUGAAGGUUUUAAAAUAGUGUAACAAGGUAUCAUAAAGUUUUGGAAGAAAGUAAUUUUUAUUUUAAUGAACUUUUUCGUUGUUUCCUCUAUUUUUUCUUACAAUUUAAAUAUUUUUCAUGAUUUUAUUAGUGUAAUGUUGCUGGUGUUUCAAAUGUUAAAGUCGAUUUUACUUUUUUUCUUCUAAAUUUUGUAUGAUGUGCUGUUUUUAUAAUGUUUCGAAAUAUUUUUUUUUGCAUUUUUAAAAUUAUU